CAUGGUUCUACGCGAUAGGUCGAAUGUGAAGCCGGCAAUAGACUUUCCUGCCUACUGUCGGGUCAUCUACUUCUAUCAACUCCAUUAUGUAGAACCCCGGUUUGCACUAGCGGAUAGGCUUUAUGGUUCCUGCAUAUGACGUUCACAAGAUGCAUAAAUCAAUGGACAAAUGUAGGUGCGAGACAAAAGUGAUCCGGACUGCUUCAUCUACAACUGCAUGCCAUCUCCACUCUGUCCCCUGGCUCUUCUUUAAAGUCGGUCUUCGAAAAGCCGCCGGCCAUGGCAAAGAAAACAGGACACAAAAUCCUCAACACUUUGCAGCUCAGCAACGACUACUCCGUGAAGCCGGCGGGAUUAUCAUGGCGAAGCAACACCUACUUCAUCAUAGCUACAGUGGCGGUAGCUUUGUUCGCUGACCUUUUCCUUUACGCGCUAACGGUGCCCAUACUACCUUACAUGCUUACAGAUCGAGUUGGCCUACCGCCUGAGAAGAUUCAAAGCAAUGUGUCCGGUCUUCUGGCCGCUUACGCUGGAGCUUCGGUCGUGUGCUCGCCACUUGCUGGGCUACUGGCCGACCGAAUGAGCUCACGACAGUCGCCUUUUCUUCUGGGUUUGACCGCUUUGCUCGGAGCUACCGUACUGCUUUUUGUUGGGCAGAGUAUCCCAGUCUUGGCUCUGGCACGCGUGCUUCAGGGUGUGAGCGGUGCCUUCGUCUGGACGAUCGGACUCGCGCUCUGCUUGGAGACUGUUGGUCAGGAGAAUCUAGGGAAGACGAUAGGAUCGAUCUUCAGCUUCAUCUCCGUUGGCAACCUCUGCGCUCCGCUGCUUGGUGGCGUGCUAUACAACAAGGCAGGCUACGCCGGCGUGUUCGGCAUCGGCUUCGCUGUGCUCGCAAUCGACUUCAUUAUGCGAGUGCUCGUUAUUGAGAAGAAAGUCGCUCGUAGAUACGAAGCGCAGGGUGCCAAGGCGGGCAGCGACCUUGACACCACGCCCAGUCACCAGGAAGACGGCAACGCUAACGAAGCACAAGACGAUGACGACGAGCAACAGCCACUCCUCGGCAGCAAGGAGGAGGACGAAGCUGCGUUCAAGCUGUCUGACAACCAGCCCAAGAUUGCCCGCAUGAUCCCAAUUCUGCCUUGCCUGGCUGACCCUCGCCUUUUGACGGCCUUCCUCGUUGCGCUAAUCCAAGCGUUGCUCCUCGGCAACUUUGAUGCUACGAUACCUACCGUUGCGCAAGGAUACUACAACUUUAACUCGCUCAAGGCUGGCAUACUCUUCCUCCCGCUUGGCGCCUCGGAUUUAGUUUUGGGACCCGUCUUCGGCUGGUGUGUUGAUCGCUUCGGAACAAAAGCUGUUGCCGUCAUCGCCUACCUUUAUCUCGUUCCAAUUCUAAUUCUACUUCGCUUGCCGCAACCAGGUGGCCAAAACCAAGCCAUACUGUAUGGUGCCCUGCUCGCCCUUUCCGGCGCUGGACUAGCAGGCAUUGGUGCACCAUCGAUCGUCGAGGCGGGAGCAGUGGUGCAGAAGUACUACGAAGUCAAUCCUGACUUCUUUGGCGCAGACGGGCCCUAUGCUCAACUGUACGGAUUGAACAGCAUGGUGUUUUCCCUAGGUCUCACAUUGGGGCCGGAGCUGGCAGGUGAAUUGAAGCAGAGGAUUGGCUACGGUAACAUGAACGCUGUGCUGGCGGGCAUAUGCCUGGCGACAUCUGCGUUGUGCUUCGUUUACAUCGGCGGCAAGCCUAGACUUCUGAGAAGGAAGAAGUCGUGAGAUACGACCGUGUUGCUAAGCAUCGAAAAGAGUUUUCUUUUGCUCGCGGUCCGUGUAGACUUCCCGUAAGUACUACCGCUGCCACUC